AUGGAGAAGGAUACUGUAGCGGAGGUGGAGGCGCCACGCCUCAGCAGUGAUGUGAGCAACGCUGAGAAGGGCCACGUCGAACAGGUGAACCUGCACAACAACAUUUCAGCCAAAAUCAAGAAUCCCUUGGCGGAUUUGUCCCAGGCACAAGUGCUCCGAGAUGUCGAGGAAUUUGCAGUGAAAUACCAGGUCACCGAUAUUCUUCCUGAGUUGAAAAAAGGAGCCUUAGUCGCCAAAGACCCUGCUGCAUUUGCAUCCGUACCCGAUCUCACAGAGGCUGAAUCCACUGCGCUGAGCGACGAAGUGCUACAUAAGUGGCGCCAGCCCAGGGCUCUCUAUUUCACCAUUAUCCUUUGCUCGGUUGGUGCAGCCGUUCAAGGCUGGGACCAGACAGGAUCUAAUGGUGCCAACCUUUCUUUCCCCGACGCGUUUGGCAUCCCUGAAAGCGCCAGUGUUAAAAACCAGUGGCUUGUAGGUAUCGUCAAUGCCGCUCCGUACAUUGCCAGUGCUUGCUUAGGCUGUUGGCUCUCUGACCCUUGCAAUCGAAUCCUUGGUCGCCGUGGAACAAUCUUUAUUUCUGCCAUCUUCUGUGUCAUUGCUCCUAUCGGAUCUGCCUUCACUCAAACUUGGCCCCAACUAUUUAUCGUUCGCCUUCUGCUUGGUCUUGGAAUGGGUCUAAAAGCUUCAACCAUCCCCAUUUUCUGCGCUGAGAACACACCUGCAGUAAUCCGAGGAGGCCUCGUUAUGUCCUGGCAGUUGUGGACGGCAUUCGGUAUCUUCCUUGGUUUCUGCGCCAAUUUGGCUGUCAAAGACACAGGCUCUAUAUCAUGGCGUCUGCAACUGGGAUCUGCUUUCAUCCCUGCCGUUCCCUUGGUAAUUGGUGUUUUCUUUUGUCCUGAAUCACCCCGUUGGUAUAUCCGACGAGGGGAGAUGGGUAAGGCCUACCAAUCCCUGUGUCGUCUUCGCAAUACUCCCUUGCAAGCUGCUCGGGACCUUUACUACAUCCAUGCCCAGAUUGCAAUCGAGCAGAGUGUUAUUGGAGACAGCAACUAUGUCACUCGGUUUGUGGAGCUUUUCACUAUUCCACGAGUCCGUCGUGCCACUCUUGCUUCGUUUACUGUUAUGAUUGCCCAGCAAAUGUGUGGAAUCAACAUCAUUGCAUUCUACAGUUCAACUGUCUUCAGUAAUGCCGGUGCUUCUGACACCGGAGCUUUGUUUGCGUCUUGGGGAUUUGGCUUGGUAAACUUUAUUUUCGCCUUUCCAGCUAUUUGGACCAUUGACACUUGGGGCCGACGAACAUUGCUUCUAUUCACAUUCCCUCAAAUGGCUUGGACACUACUCGCUGCAGGCUUUUGCUUCUAUGUUCCCGGAGAUGGUGGAGCGCAUUUGGGAUCCAUUGCUCUUUUUAUCUUUCUCUUCGCUGCUUUCUACUCCCCUGGCGAAGGCCCUGUGCCAUUCACAUACUCUGCCGAAGUCUUUCCAUUGUCGCAUCGCGAGGUUGGAAUGUCCUGGGCUGUUGCAACCUGUCUCGGGUGGGCGGCAGUGCUCUCUAUUACGUUCCCCCGUAUGCUUUGGGCUAUGACUGCCACUGGGGCAUUUGGCUUCUAUGCUGGCCUAAACGUGACUGCUCUGGUCAUGAUCUUCCUUUUCGUUCCGGAGACUAAGCAACGCACCCUUGAAGAAUUGGAUUACAUCUUUGCCGUCCCAACCCGAGUCCACAUGCACUACCAGGUCUUCAAAGUUUUGCCAUGGUGGACCCAGCGCUACAUCUUCCGCAGGGAUGUGCAGCUAGAGCCUCUGUACAAGCUCGAUCACCUAGCCGAUAACGAGGAGGUCGUAGCCAACAUCCGCAACAACAGCACCGUUGAGAAGAUUUAG